GAGAGGGGGCGCACACGAGGCGCGCUGUGCCUGUGCGCUGUGCCUGUGCGCUGUUCCAUGCAGAGGAAGAGUGCGCACAAUAACAAGGCUAGCACUAGCAUAGCACUGCACGGACCAGAAAAGCAUGGCCAAAACGGACUGUGUGGGCCAAAUAUAAGGAUUAGCCUUUACUAUAACAUCACGCUCCCAGCAGCAGCGGAAUGCGCCACUAACGGCGAGCGCCGGGUCAUGAUUUAGCGCAAAGACACAAGGGGCAUCUUGUGCGUCAGACUGGGUGCACCGCAAACGCACGGUGCCCAUUCUAUGUCGUCUAGUUAAAUUGUUGUGUUGUGUGACGGUGCACGCAGAAAGCUUUCACCAUGGAGAGCCUUUACAAGCGCAAAAUGUUUGCUUCAAUGCGGAAAACCAAAGUGGCCGCGAAGCGUCAGAUCGGGCUGCCUGCCUCCAUCCUGGACGACAGCGACGAGGGCUCGUUCUCCUCGUCCUCCUCCGGCUCCGAGUCAGAGUUCCGCAGCUCUCAGGAGGAGGACAGUGACUCUGGGGCCAGCUCCAGUGACCACAGCCGCUCCGUGACCCGGAGGAAGCGCUCCUUUCUGGGCCAUGACAGUACAUCAUCCUCCUCCAGCUCAGAGGAGAGCUCAGAGGAGGAGGAGCCCAAGAGCUCGGGUCGCUCGGUCAAACGGAGCCGAGUGCAGAGGAACGACGAGUCAGAUUCGGACGCGGCAGAGAAGACCAGAAAGGAGGCCCCUGAGAAGGCCAAGAGACGCCAGAGACACAACAAGCUUCUAGCCCUGUCCCGAAGGAUCAAGGCCGGUGUCAAUCGCCGUAGGAGCCGUCUCAAGCAGGACUCGGAUGAAGAUGAUGAAUCCAGAGGAAAUGGUGUUGACAAGGGAGCGUGCAAAAGCAGCAAGGAAGCAAGAGAAGGAAACAAGAAGAUGAGUGGAGGAGAGCAGGAAGCAAGUGAAGGAGACGAUGAGGAAAACAAAGGAGACAAGGGAGCAAGUAACGGAGACAAGGAGGCAGGAAAAAGAGAUGAAGAGAUGGAAGAGACCACAAAAGAAGGAGAUUGCGAGGAAGGAGGAACAAGAGAGGAAGACUGAGAGUCAAAUGUCUCCUUUUUGUAAGGACGUAAUGUUAGAGUUCAGAUGGGCUCUGAUUGACUGUUGAUGGACAGGGUCUUUUAAAAGGACACUGCUGCUGCUGUUUUCAGUGGCUUGUUUGGAAAUACUAAUGUAAAAAGUGUCUGACACAACCUACAGAGUCCAUAUUUAGUGUCCAUUUUCUGUAGAUGUACAGAAUCUACAUCUACAGAAAAUGGACACUAAAUAUUUAAACCUGACUUCGACAGUUGUCAUUAUCUAACCAUUCAGAUCAUUAGUUUGAGCAUAGGGUAUUUCAUAUAAUCUCAUGCUUUUGUUUGUGCUGUGCCAGUGCAGUGUGGAUGCUCAAUAUGUGGUCCUGUUGGAGAGUCAGACUGAAGCUCUCUCAUGAGGCUGGACUGUGUUCCAGUGUACAUCAGGGGGCACAAACCUCACACUGAUGGGUCUAGCACUAAAUUCUGGUGCCUGAGUACCAUGUGGAGUGUGUGAGGCAGCAGACAGAUGAAUGGACAUAUAUGUUAGUGUCAUAACAUUAUGUUUGGCAAGAAUUUAUAAAAGGACAUUUCCAUUGAAGAUCUGACCACAUCUUUUUACUGUUGAGUUUGUAGAAUGGCACUUGGGUCCCAGCUGUAGGGGUAUAGUUCGUAUAUUUAUGUCCUGAAAAACUGAGCAAGCGGCUGUCCAGUUCUUUUUUUGUAUUUGUGACAAUAAUCUAUAGAUCUGCUGAGUUCCCAUAGGUUAAACAUGGCACUGUUUAAUCACACGUUCAUCGUGGUACAAUAUUUAUGACAUUCUUGUGAGGCUAACAGUCAUGUACAAAUUGUAGUUUUUAGUUUAAAAAGCAGAAAUCUGGUUCAUGUUGGCACCACAAGGAUCAUGGUCUAUGUAGUCCCACUGCAACACUCUAAACCAUAGGUGCCCAAACUUUUUUCCCCAAGGGCCAUAUCUGAAAAAAAUAUUCGACAUGAAGGGCCACAGACCAGUGUCAAUACAGUGGAUAAUUCAGAUGGUGCAUUAGGUCUGUGUGACAAUGCAAUGUGAUGUUAUUUAGGUUAUCUUGGUAGGAUUACUCACAUUUGCCAUAAAAAGUACUGAUUAUGAGCAGUUGGACCAGUUCAACUGAAGGCCUGAGGGCCAAUAAAAAUUGGUCUGAGGGCCACAUUUGGCCCUGGGCCAUAGUUUGGACACCCCUGAUCUAAACACAUUUAAGCAAAGGAUCAGUUCAAUAUGUUACACUCCACAAUGUUAGGACAAGGUAAUAUCACAAAAUCGUCGUUAUUGUACUUUGUUCUAUCUCCAUCUAUUAUAAAGCUAUUUUAUCCACCAUGAACCGAGUCUCUGACCUUGAGAGCUACUUUUACAAUGUCUGCUCAGACCUUUGAGACCAUUUUCAUUUCAUUAUAACACUGAUGAACUUUUAAUGAAUUCUCUGCGUUUAUAUUGCUACAAAUCUAAAGGUGAAAUAGUUAAAGAUUUGGGUCCACAGCAUUAAGGAGAAAAAUGUGUUUGUACAAAAGUUAGGUCAGUUAGGAGUUAUGGUGUUACACAAUGGCCACGCUCCUCUCCACCCCAAAGCAAGGCCGUCUCUGUUAAGGCCGUCCAUCACUGAGCUCUGGAGCGUCUCCACUCCUUUCACUUCUCAUAGCACUUUGCUAUAGCUUGAACUAUUCAUUUUUUUUUAAAAAAACAAUAAGUAUAAACUUUCUGUUUUGUUGCAACUUCAAUUAUAGCACAUUUCUGUGGCCAUAUUGUGUUGUGUGUGUAUUAUUAUGAAUGUAUUUCUUUCAACAGUGAAUCUCCCAUAAAUGCCUAAUCCACAAAUGU